CUGAACCAGAAAAUUGCCAAAUGUCAAAAACCCAAGUUUGGUCGCCGUCAGAAAGAAAAACUUUCCAAUUCGUAGAAGAAAUAAAGGAGAGAGUCAAAUAAAAACCCUAAUCAUUUCAAUUGAUCCCACACACUACCUUUUAACAACCCCUGGCGUCGUCGUCUUCCCAUUAACUUCUCUCGUCCUUAUAUAAAGAUUCAAAACUUUCGGUCUCAGGUGUGUAGUAAUUUCAUCUAUUGUUCUAUUGUGCUUCUCCUCUCCAUCCUCGGUUUCAUCAUCGUCACAGCCUCUUAGCUGUUUUACAGAAAUGGCUACAGUUGUGUCUCAGCAACCAAUUACUUCUCAAAGACCUUCUUCUAACUUCAAAGCUUCUCACUUUCUUAAGGAACCUCUCAAUGUUCCCAUCAAACUCAGACAAAAACAAUUCAAGAUCCAAGCAACUGCAUCUCAAGCUCCACUUCUUGACCCUGUCUUGUCUCCUUCCAAGACCAUUCCUCAAUCUUACAAGAAAAAAUCAAAUGAAGCAUCUCUGAUACUAAUCAGGCAUGGCGAAUCGUUAUGGAACGAGAAGAAUCUCUUCACGGGCUGUGUUGAUGUUCCAUUAACCGAGAAAGGUGUGGCUGAAGCUAUCCAAGCCGGGAAGAGGAUCAGCAACAUCCCUGUCGAUUUGAUCUUCACUUCUUCUCUCAUCCGUGCUCAGAUGACUGCUAUGCUUGCCAUGACUCAACAUCGCUGCAAGAAGGUUCCAAUCAUCUUACACGAUGAGAGUGAAAAGGCGCAGACUUGGAGUCAUGUUUUCAGCGAAGAAACUAGGAAACAGUCUAUCCCUGUUAUAGCUGCUUGGCAACUGAACGAGAGAAUGUAUGGAGAGCUGCAGGGAUUAAACAAGGAAGAAACAGCUGAAAGAUAUGGAACACAGCAAGUUCAUGAAUGGCGUAGGAGUUACCAUAUUCCUCCUCCUAAAGGAGAGAGCUUGGAGAUGUGUGCUGAGAGAGCAGUUGCUUAUUUUGAAGACAAUAUUCAACCAGAGCUUGCGUUUGGGAACAACGUGUUGAUUGCUGCUCAUGGGAACUCGUUGCGGUCUAUCAUUAUGUAUCUUGACAAAUUAACUUCUCAAGAGGUUACAAGUCUAGAGCUAUCUACGGGAUUACCGUUGCUUUACAUCUUCAAAGAUAGAAAGUUCAUGAGACGAGGAAGCCCCGUUGGUCCUACAGAAGCCGGUGUCUAUGCUUAUACUAAGAGAUUGGCGCAAUACAGACAGAAGCUUGAUGAGACCCUUGCCUAAUGGAAGAUCUGUCUCUCUUUAGUUUUGUCUCUCACUUUCUGAGUUCUUAUGUAGUGAGACAAGAAUCAUCGAGAACAGUUUUAUAAUAUGUACUAGAUACAAAAUCACGUUCGUUACAACUCCUGUAUUGAGUUUGGUUUAUAUGUUUUGAGAUUCAGACAUUAACGGUAAGAAGGAGGUCUGAAUCUCUAACGGUUAAGAAAUACUUUCCUUAA